AUGGAUAGAGGAGCAAAGUCUUCCUCUUCUUCCGCCCGCAAGCGAACGCUGCGUGAGGCGCCUGUUCAAGCUUCUACUUCUGAGCCUCCGAGGCCAGAAGCUGCUUCGCCUCCGGCCAAGCUCGCACCACAGAAACGUCCGGCCAAGCCCAUAGUACAGCAACCUCCGGCGAGGCGUUAUCUCACCAGGUCAGGGGGCCGUCCCCUGCAAAAAAGAGCCAGGGUUGAAAGCUCAGAGCCCAUUGACUUAAUAGGGCAGUCCCCUGUUCCCUCUCCAGAGCCCUCUCCGGUGCCAUCUUCGGCACCGCCGGCGAAGCCUCAAGCAAGCCAGCCGCCACCUUCUGAGCCCCAAAUUCCGUCUGGGACAGCUCCUGAAGCAAUAAUCAGGCGUCCAAUGCUCACUCAACCACCAAUUGAAGGCAAUUUGGACUGUUGA